CUCUCGGCGGCGGCAGCAGUAGCCCUGGCAGAGGAGUCCGCGGAGGUGGCGGCGGUGGCGGCGCUGUUCCCCGCGCGGUCCGCGGAGCGGGGUCCGGGCUGUGCGACGUCGGGCGGAGGCGGCAUUGCGGCCCCGGCCCGAGCCCGAUCUCGGGUCGCCUCCCCGGCCGCCCCCCGCCCCCGGGCCGCCCCCCGGGCCCUGCGUCCCCUCCCCCGCUGGCGGGGCCCGGACAGAAGAUGGUGCAGAAGAAAACAGCCGAACUUCAGGGCUUCCACCGUUCGUUCAAGGGGCAGAAUCCUUUCGAGCUGGCCUUCUCCCUAGACCCGGCCCACCACCGUGAAGCAGACUUCAGCCCACAGUGCGAGGCCCGCCCUGACAUGCCUGCAAGCCAGCCUAUUGACAUCCCAGAUGCAAAGAAGAGAGGCCGGAAGAAAAAGCGAUGUCGUGCCACAGACAGCUUCUCAGGCAGGUUCGAAGAUGUCUACCAGCUGCAGGAGGAUGUGCUUGGGGAAGGAGCCCAUGCCCGCGUGCAGACCUGUGUCAACCUCAUCACCAACCAUGAGUAUGCUGUCAAGAUCAUUGAGAAGCAGCCAGGCCACAUCCGCAGCAGGGUUUUCCGGGAGGUGGAGAUGCUGUACCAGUGCCAGGGACACAGGAAUGUUCUAGAGCUGAUUGAAUUCUUCGAGGAGGAGGACCGUUUCUACCUGGUGUUUGAGAAGAUGCGUGGUGGCUCCAUCCUGAGCCACAUCCACAAGCGGCGGCACUUUAAUGAGCUGGAGGCCAGCGUCGUGGUGCAGGAUGUGGCCAGUGCCUUGGACUUCCUACACAACAAAGGCAUCGCCCAUAGGGACCUAAAGCCGGAGAACAUCCUCUGUGAACACCCCAACCAGGUGUCCCCAGUGAAGAUCUGUGACUUCGACUUGGGCAGCGGCAUCAAACUCAAUGGAGACUGCUCCCCCAUCUCUACCCCAGAGCUGCUCACACCGUGUGGCUCCGCGGAGUACAUGGCCCCAGAGGUGGUGGAGGCCUUCAGCGAGGAAGCCAGCAUCUACGACAAACGCUGUGACCUGUGGAGCCUGGGGGUCAUUCUCUACAUCCUGCUCAGUGGCUAUCCACCCUUUGUGGGCCACUGUGGCAGUGACUGUGGCUGGGACCGAGGGGAGGCCUGCCCUGCCUGCCAGAACAUGCUGUUUGAGAGCAUCCAGGAGGGCAAGUAUGAAUUCCCCGACAAGGACUGGGCUCACAUCUCCUUUGCUGCCAAAGACCUCAUCUCCAAGCUGCUCGUCCGUGAUGCCAAGCAGAGGCUGAGUGCUGCCCAAGUCCUGCAGCACCCCUGGGUGCAGGGGUGUGCCCCCGAGAACACCUUGCCCACACCCAUGGUCCUACAGAGAAACAGCUGUGCCAAAGACCUCACAUCCUUUGCAGCCGAGGCCAUUGCCAUGAACCGGCAGCUGGCCCAACGUGAGGAAGAUGCGGCCGAGGAGGCCCAGGGCCAAGGCCAGCCCGUUGUCAUCCGUGCUACCUCACGCUGCCUGCAGCUGUCCCCACCCUCUGAGUCCAAGCUGGCCCAGCGGCGGCAGAGAGCCAGCCUGUCUGCUGCCCCUGUAGUCCUCGUGGGGGACCAUGUGUGAACCCCCUUCUCUGGCCCCCUGUACAUAGGUCGCCCCCUUCCCCCGUCAGAUCUAAGAUUUUUAAGCUAUGGUGGCGGGGACCAGGGGCUGCCCUCCCCUCUGGUUGCAUUUCCAAGCACUGAAGUCAGCCAGGGGGCGUGGGUUGGGUUUUUUGUUGUUGUUGUUGUUGUUGUUUUUUAACAGAUUUUUGCUGUUGGGUUUUUUCCUUUUCCCCCAUCCCUCUUCCAACUUGUUUUUGUUUCUGUGCUCCCUUCCCCCCCCCCUUUAAUGGUGUUUAAAGCAAAGUAAGUGCCCAGAAGGAGAGCAGAGGGCGCGUGGAGGGCGUGUGGCUGGGGGAGUGCCUGCUACGCCCCAAGAUGCUCGCCUGUACUGUGAAGGUCUCAGUGCUCCACCCGGCCAUUGGCACCCUGCCUGAUGUCUGUCUGCCCCUUCCACCUCCAGCCAACUUGCUGUCUUCCAGUGCAUGGGGGGGGGGCUACAGGGUUACCAUUCCCAUGCCCCCCUCCCCAGCCCUCAGUAUUUUCAGGGACAGUCUCUCCUCCUAGUGACAGAACAGUAGCCUCUUUAUCCCUCACACCCAGAGCACCCUGGUUGGGCAGAUCAGGAGCUUCUUGUUCUUGUCUCUGGAAGGAGGGCCUGGCAGGCAGGGUGGAUGAUAGCCCACCCGCUGGACUCCCCAGGCCCUGGGCCCAGGUUGGCCCAUUUUCCCUUUCCUGGUGAGAAGAUGACAAUCGAGGCUUUCCCUCAGGUCUGUCUGAGCAGUGAGCAGGCCCCUGCCUGCUGGACAUGGCCUGGCUGGACCUUAAAUUGCAACUGACAUAGGACAAGCUGCCCCCUCCCCACUCCCCCAGGAACUGAAGUUGGAGCAAGAGGGUUGCCAUAGUAGCCUUGUCCCCAGCUGGUUCCAAGAUGGGUGAGCCACUGGACAGGUGCCCAUCCGCCAAUGUGGGGUCCCAGAGUAUCUUCCCACCCCAGGGCACCCACGUGCCCCUUCUCAGGGCUCAGCUUGACCAUGGUCGUAUCCUGAGUCUGGCAUUUGGAAGUUCUGUUUGGUUCCCUUAUCCUCAGAGCUGGGGCCAGACCCAUAGGUUUCUAGACUCUUUUCCUGCUCCCAACCCUAAGGGCAGCGAUUUAGGUGUUCCCACCUUCAGGAAAAGGGCUGCCACUGCCUCAGCUACCCUUGGGGCACCCAGGAAAGGCUGGAAUGGUCUACUGGGGGACCUUGCUAACUCUCCCCCAGUUCCAUCAAGGCCUGGUCAGCCUGACACUGGGCUUGGGGAUACCACCGCCUGGGCCUGGCCGUGAACUACUAUGCAAUACAAUUCCCAUUUUCUACAUGUAUACGGCCCUGCUGGUCAGGGGGACCGCCCACCCCAGCCCCAGGUCUGCUCAGGUGUCUCCAGGGCAGGGAUUGUAACCCCCCCCCCCCACUGGCCUCAAACUGGUCAGGAUUUGCCUCAUUUAAUGUUUUGGGAGUUUUUUAAAAAAUAUUUUAUUUGCUCCCCUCCUUGAUCUCAAAAGAAUACUUGAAUGUUGGAGGGGCCUUUGUGGGGGGGGGGAGGGAAGGGGGGUUCAGAAAAGGUCUGUCCACCCAUCUCAGCCCUCUCCUUGGUCUUGUAGGAUUAUUGCAGUCUGGUGGCCUGGUGAUCCUUUCCUCUUGGGCCCCCUACCCUCCUGUGUGUACUGGCCUUUCCAAAGACCCCUGGUGGGGCUGGAGCUGCUUGGCCACACCCCAUCUCUUCCCCCAUCAGUGAUUCUGAGUUUUGCACCUGGGGAUUUCUCUGCCUUUUUGUAUAAAAGAACAAAUGGACCUUUCCUGCUGCAGGUGCCCAUGGCCACCUUACUCCAAAAGGCUCGACAAGGAAUAGCUUUGGGUUUUCUUUUUUUCCCCAGAGGUGGGAGGUUGUCAUUUUUCUUUACUCCUCUAUCGCCUCACCAUUUUGACCUGGGGACUGCUUAGAGCCUUUACUGUGAAUGACUGGGCGGUGCAUGGGAAGGGACCGGCCAAUAACAAAGUGGUUCAGAAGCCACACAAACAGAUUAAAAAAAACAAAAACUUUUUUUUUUCCUAAGUGGGGCGAAGACAUCCAAGCACUUUAUCUCCAUUGUAUCAGGUGAACUGAUAGAGCUCGAAAGUUCCUUUACACCAACGCCAGAAUUUUGUAUUCUGUUUUGUAAGGAUUUAAUAAAACUCAUAAAAACCUGC